AUGCCGCAGCGCCGGCGGCUGCUGCUGUUGCUCCGAAACUUGGCCUUUUCGAAGCUUUUCAAACCCAAAAACUGCCUCGAACUGCAACCAAAGUCCACCAGCUUCUCUCAGAAACAGCCCAAGUGGACCACUGGUCACGGGGCCCUCGUGACCCGCGCCGCCGGCUUUCCCAGGGCCACCGCGCCACAAGAACCACUGGGCCAGCAGCAGCUGCAGCAGCAGCAACAGCAGCAGCAGCAGCGAAGCUCAGCGUCUGCUAAUCAUGUUUUGCUAAUCUUUUUUCAUGAAUAUGUUUAUUCGCGCAAUCGCAACCCGCGCGAUCCUGUAGUUCCCACUUUGAAUUCGGAGUCGCUUUCCAGAAAGCUGAAUUUCACAAGUCUAGACCAGCGGUUGGGAAGCUCGCAUCGCACUGCUCAACUGCUUCUGCAUUUUUUCCUCGUGUACCUUCGUUUUAAGUGGGAGCGCCGCAAGGGCGUCGUUGAUUCGCAUGCGAUCGUCUACGUAGCGUUUCCCGAAUUCAGUUUUUCCGCGGAGUCCGAAUACCGUUUUCAACGGAGCCCGAAUUCAGUUUUCAAGGGAGUCGAGUUCCACUUUCAAAGGAGUCGAGUUCCACUUUCAAAGGAGUCGAGUCCAGACUUCGAAGGAGUCGACUUCAACUUUCGGAGGAGUCAAGUUCAACUUUCAAAGGAGGCGAAUUCAACUUUCAAAGAAGUCGAAUUCAACUUCACGUCCGCCAAGAUGUUUGCGCGGUGGAGGCCCAUCAGCAACUUGGCAAAGGCCGGAGUGGAAAUGGUGUCUCCGGCUCCGGGGAGCGCAGCAGAGGCCCGGCAGCAGGCGCUGGGCUGCGUGCCGGAGAAGUUUUUGCGGAAAGCUUAUUACUUUUGUCUGAUUCAAUCGGCUCCAACUCCCUUCACGUUUGUGUUUCGGGAGAACGGCGAGUACAUAAUUGGCUGCAGCUGCACGCAGAGCGCUGCAGGUUCGCUGCAGCCGGUGCCCGCGGGCCCCUUCGCCGAGUACCGCAGCAGCUGCAGCAGCAGCAGCAGCAGCAGCUGCAGCUACCUGCGGGUGAAGAUCCGCGACAGGAACAUUUCGGUGCGCCAGAGCGUGCCCGCGGGGGCCCCCUUCGCGGAGGGCAGCUGCGGGACUUGGAACUUUUUUCGAGAAACUCCCAAGGGCUUUGAAGUUUUCAGCCAUGUGGACUCUGCGGAAAACUGCAGCUUCCGCGUGGUGCCGCGGUCGGGACUUCGCGGGAAACUCCCAACGGGGCCCCCAGGGCCCCCAGGGGCCCCCCGGGGGCCCCCCGACUCGGACUCGAGCGCAGCGGAGACGGAGACCUUCACGGAGUACGAAGUCUCGGUGAGCCGGCGCUUCGAAGUGCUGCUGGAGCUGCGGCUGGGGAAGGGCGGCAACGGCGAAGUCUUUCUGGGGAUUGACCGGCGGCAGGGCAUGCCCGUGGCCAUCAAGAGAGAACCCAAAGAAAUGCUGAGACACGAAUUUGGCCUCAUUCAAGAAGUGCGGCUGCGGGGGCCCCUGCUCGCCUACAAAGCCCAAGACCCCCACCCCUCCCGCUUCCUGGGCCUGGUGACGCACUCCGUCGCUCUCGAAGUGGGGAACUCCGCAGUGGCUGCUGCGGUCGCUCACCACAGCGCUCUCGGGGACGCUCACGACCACAUGGCCCUCGAGCUGGUGGGCGGCGGCGAACUCCGCAAAGUGCUCAAGUCCAAGUUCCUGAAGGGAAUGCCCCUCGACAUGGCCAGGGCCUACGUCUACCAGAUCGUCUGCUCCCUCGUCCUCAUCCACUCCAAACAAGUCAUCCACAGAGACCUCAAAACCCAAAACAUUCUCGUCCGCCACGGCGAAACUUUCCAAAACGACGAACUCAAGAUCAUCGACUUCGGAAACAGCGUAAAAGUCAAACCCGGAACUGUCUUGACCAAAAACUACACCACUUGCUUCGCAUGCGCGCCCGAGCAGUUCCUCCCUUCCGAAAGGGGGUACAGCUUCGGCGUCGACGUCUGGGCCGUCGGAACCAUUUUCUUCGAACUGCUCACCGGCGACCGUCUUUUCGAGUGUCUCAACAUCCACGAAGCUGCGCGGCAGAUCCCCGCCUUCCGAGAAAAGCAGGUCACCGACCGCCUCCCCUGCCUCCGGCAAGACGCGAAGGAGUUCUUGCUGAAGUGCCUGACUCGAGACCCGCAGAAACGGCCCACGGCGCUGCAGCUGCUGACAACUCCGUUUCUGUUUCCCCUGCACCUCCACCAAAUCCGAAGACGCGUCGAAACCACCGACGUGUACAACACGUACAUGCGGGCCUUCGAGAAGGGCUGGGGAAACCUGACGCCCAUGAAGGAACUCUGCAUGAUGGAAAACUUGUUUUACGACGAGAACUGCCGCGCCUUCGUCUCGCAGCACUCCACCUCGGAGGCAGUGAACGUGGUCUUGCCCGUCUUCGAGUGCGUGCCCGACUUCCAAUCGCAAGAUCACCCCAUGGAGAUUCAAAACUGGAUUCUGGCGAGCGACGCCUCCUUUUACUUUGCGCCGGCGAAGCUGGAGGAGCCGCUCGAAGAGCCGGAGGGCCUUUCAUCCUGCGGCUCCUUUUCCAAAAACACUUCCGUCAACAGCUUCACCUCCACCGGCACUUCUCCGGAACUCGAGGACAGCUGCUUGCACUCCGGACUCGACAAACUAAUUCCCAUUGGCCACUUCUACCCCCCGCCCCAGAGCCUCUCCCUCUGCGGCCACGCCCUCCCCAAGCGCAGCUCCACCUGCUCCACCACUUCUUUCGAGUCUCCCCUCGCCGGCGCUCCUCACUAUGAAGAAGUGGACCCCCUGGGGGGCAGCACUGACUCCCUGUAG